CGAUAUCACGGUACGUUUUCAGUCAACCUCCACCCAACCAUCCUCAAGAAUCCGACUUCGGCCAGCGAAACGCAUCAAUACCGCCAAGAGGAAGGUGAAUGUUUAACAAGUCGGUGUUUCCGAAAGAAGCGUCAAGAUGAGAAUUUACCGGGAAGACGGGAGCUUCGUGGAGAACCUCGAGGACGUCGAAUUCGGGUGGUUUUUAACGAACAUCGCGAUCGACGAAGGCAUUCCUGGAUCGGACCAACAUAACGAGAAUUUGAGGAAACGCUCGAGAUUGGGUCCCCUGGAGGAAACUGUCGAGGAAGUUGGCGAAGAGGCCAUUAUCCAGAGAUUAGGUCCGUCCUCCGAAGCGCCCUCUAUGGAUAUUAAAAUUCAAACCGCAAGCGAGGCUAUCGACUACGAAAUGAAUGCCGAGGGAUUUAUUGAAUGCCACGACCCGGCUCCGGUCAACUUAAAAGUUCCCUCGAAAGAAGAACUGAUGAAUUUAAUCAAUCCGAUCAAUACGGAAGCGAAGGCCCUGCUCUCGGUCCUCUCAUACAGCAAGUAUAAAAGUUUAAACGAAAAAAUCACCUCUAAUGAAGUUUUUAAAACUCUGAACUUCCGCACGACAAACUCGAAGCAUUUAAUUAAUGAAAACGGUGGCUGUAUUACAAGACCGGAGUUUAGUUUUAUGCUCAACGACGAGAGCGCGGACGAGGCUGAAGAAAUGUACCAGGAAAUUCGGAACUAUCACGCGAGGAAGGAGAACAACAUGCUAUCGCUGAUGGUCGAUUUGAUCGUCACCGAUAUGGAUAGCGAAGUCGGCGAGAUGACCGAAUUGAACAAUUCUAUCAACGAAAUGAAUGGUCACGGGACAAACGGUGCGGAGACCAGCGAUUUGGGGAACAGUAUUCACAGCAGUUUGUCUUGCAAGGCCAAUCGACGGGAAAAGUGCAAUUACCUGGAGUUUCCCAACAGGUCAGAUAUUUUAAGCAGCAUCGGAUUAAGUGACGACAUCGAUCGGAGCCUUCAAACUUUUAGCCAAGAAAAAUCGGAGAUGCACCUCCAAAUAGGAAGUAUUAGGGAAAGUUUCGAAGAAUACGAAAAACGCGUAAACGAACUGAUCCUGCAAGCCAACGCUUUUCAAAAAGAUUUGAGGGAAACCGCCUACCUGGACAACCUCAUAAACCUCCUCAACGGAAAUCCCGAAGCGGUAAAAAACAAAAAAUGGCCUUUCCAGAUUUUUAGGAAAUCAAUCGAACCUAUAGUCGACGAUAACUUCAUCGUGUAGGUUUUCGUUGCCCUCGGGAUUAAACUGCGAAUCGGCUAAGUUGAAGGACACGGGGUUAAUCUGAGUUAUCGUACAAAGGUACUAUGAAAAUGGGUGAUGGGUUAGGGCUUGUUAUCGUGCUCUUCGAGAAGAUUUUUGACAACAUGAACGACCUUUCGAGCUCCACUCUCAGGCGCAUAAAUGGCAAGCUUGACCGGAA